UCUGUUUGCUGUGGAGCAGACCCCUGGUUGGAGUUGUGGUAUUUCCCACAACAUGUGAACGCAGCACCGGGUCGGUUUCCACGGCAACAGCGGACAACACAGGAGGAAGAUGGUGUACAUCACAGAGGACUUGCUCCGCAGACGGGCCGAGCACAACGAGUGUGAGAUCUUCUCCCUGGAGGAAGUGUCUCUGCACCAGCAGGACGUGGAGAGGAUCGAGCACAUCGACAGGUGGUGCAGAGACCUGAAGAUCCUCUACCUGCAGAACAACCUCAUCCCCAGGAUAGAGAAUCUCAGCCGCCUGAAGAAGCUGCAGUAUUUGAAUCUGGCCUUGAACAACAUUGAAGUCAUUGAAAACCUUGAAGGCUGUGAGAGUCUCCAGAAGUUGGACCUGACGGUGAACUUUGUGGGCCGUCUGAGCAGCGUGGACUCUCUGAAACACAACAUCCACCUGACGGAGCUGUUUCUGGUGGGGAACCCGUGCACCGAGUUCGAGGGCUACAGGCAGUAUGUGGUGACCGCUCUGCCUCAGCUCAAGUGUCUGGACGGGACGGAGAUCAGCCGCUCUGAGAGGAUUCGAGCCUCUCAGGGACUGGAGGAGGUGAAGAGGCGAGUGUGGGAGCAGGAGAAGGAGUACCUGAAGAGGAGAACCAGGGAGAAAGGGGAGGCACAGAGGAAGGCAGCAGGAGACGAGAAAGAGGAGGCACAGAGGGAGGCAGCAGGAGACGAGAAAGGAAACAAGGAGAGGAAACCAGGCAGCGACACAACUCCAGUGUUGGAGGAGGACAAGGAGAACCAGGAGGUGGAGGAGAACAAGGAGAACCAGGAGGUGGAGGAGGACAUGAAGCUGAUGAGCUCUGAUGAAGAGCGGCGGGAGAGGGAGUUCUGGCACACGCCGAGUCCGUUCACCCCCGAGUCCCGUCUGGAGGCUCACCGCCACCUGGAGGAGAAGAGGAAGGCGAAGGAGAAGGAGACAGAGAAGAAGCCGAAGGCCCCGAGGACGCUGAUCACGGCUGAUGGACGAGUCAUGAACGUCAACGAGCCGAAGCUGGACUUCUCUCUGACCGAAGAUGAAGACAACAACACGGUCGUCUUGGACCUGUCGGUUUACAGACACAUGGACACCUCCCUGAUGGAUGUGGACGUUCAGCCAACGUACGCCAGAGUCAGCGUCAAAGGAAAGAUAUUUCAGAUCGUCCUGCCGGCUGAAGUGAAGCCCGACAGCUCGACGGCUCAGAGGUCCCAGACCACCGGACACCUGGUCCUCACCAUGCCCCGGGCCGGAGGUGAAAUCAAAGUGACAAAGACCGUCCCACGUCCACGCAGAGCGCGUCAGGACGGACGCAGCAGCUCACCUGAGGACAGUAAAAGAAAUAAAAAUGUUCCUGAGAGGUUGGAAGUCGACCCCAGCAAACACACAACCAUCGACCUCGCCAACAUCGUACCACGCCAGAGGAGCUCUGCAGAAGGUCCUCUAGAGACCUCCAGGGUGGAUCCACCUACAACCACAGGUCACAGCAGAACCUCUGAAGAGUUUGUGGACGACCCAGAUGUCCCCCCACUGAUAUGAGACCUUAAGAAAUAAGACUGACCACUGAGGACGGACUCUGAAUCUGAAUCAGACCGUCCUACCAAAACAAAAUCCAGUGAGACAGUGUUAACACCAACAUUAAUCCUGACAUGUUCCUGUUAAAUAUUAUUUCAUGUAGUGAUCUGUUGUCCUUCAUAUCAACCAAAGAGUACUAACAGUUUUAAAUUAAACAUGUG